CUUUUCCUAUUCAAUCAUUCCACCAAGAUAUAAUAUAUAAAGUACUAAAUAAAGCUAUAGAAACCAUUACAAUGAUUUCAAAAUUUUCUAGGUACUCAUUCCACCAUGGACAGUCUUGCUGAAGCAAACACCAACUUCACUGUGGAUCUCUUUAAAAAGAUGGAAGAAGAACAAUCCAACAACAUCUUUUUCUCUCCACUUAGUAUUUCAGCAGCUUUAGCUAUGGUCUAUUAUGGUGCCAAAGGUAACACUGCUGCUGAAAUGAGAAAGGUCCUUCAUUUUGAUAAAAUCACAGAAUCCAGGAUGUCUGCAAACUUGCCUGCUCAAUGUGACAAACCUGGUGGACCUCACAACCAGUUCAAGGAACUCCUAUCAGCCAUUAACCAACCUUCUAAAAACUAUACAUUGAGCAUAGCCAAUAGGUUGUAUGGAUCGGACGUUUAUGAAUUUCUCCAGCAAUACAUAAGGUGCAUUAAAGAGCUUUAUCAUGCAGAAUUGGAAAGAGUUGACUUUAUGAAUGCCCUUGAGGAAGUUAGAAAGAAAAUUAAUUCCUGGGUUGAAAGCCAAACAAAUGGUAAAAUCAAGGACCUGCUUCCUGUUGACUCGCUUGAUCAAAGUACUGUAUUAAUCUUGGUAAAUGCUAUAUAUUUCAAAGGAAAGUGGAUGAGGCAAUUUAAUCCCAAGGAUACACACGAAGCAGACUUUUGGACCAGUAAGGAGCACAGUAAAAAAGUGCAAAUGAUGGCUCAAAAGGACAAAUGUAACUAUGCUAAAAUAACAAACCCACCGAUGGAAGUGCUUGAGCUUCAGUAUGAUAAGGGAGACCUAAGCAUGAUCAUCCUUCUACCGGACAAGAAUGGGACCACAAAAGAGAUUGUGAGGCAACUCACUUAUGAAAAAUUUCAAGAGUGGACCAGUUCAACAAGCAUGCAGAACACAGAGAUCUGGAUUUUUCUGCCAAAAUUCAAGGUGGAAGAAAAAUAUUUGCUCAGUCCUAUUUUAAGUAAGAUGGGAAUGAAGGAUAUGUUUAAUUCACACAAAGCUGAUUUAUCUGGCAUAUCUGGACGUCGGGACCUGCUUGUAUCUCAGGUUCUUCAUAAAGCCUAUAUUGAAGUGAAUGAAGAAGGUACCGAAGCAGCUGCUGCUACUGGUGUAGUUGUAGUUCCUGUAAGUGCUCAAAUUAUUCCCGAGUUUAAGGCAGAUCACCCUUUUUUGUUAUUUAUAAGACAUAAUGCCACCAGGAGCAUUCUUUUUGCUGGCAAAGUUUUCUCACCGUAAAUACCAAGUGCUGCUACAUUAAAAAUAUAUAUUUCCAUCUGUUGUAAGCAACCAAGACUUCUGCAUUCCAAAUUCCAUUCUCAACUUGGCUAACAAUUUAUUUCCUCUCUUAAGAAAGAGGAAAUUGCGAGGUACAGUUUUUAUUUGCUUACUGAGCUAAAUCCACUUUACAUUGAUAUGUGUGUGGAAUCCAAAGUAUACAAAUCUGUAUGUUCCUUGUGACCCAGGGCCCUUAACUAUAGAGAGCCUGACAUACAGGAAGCAAAGGAAAUGGGGAGUGGGGGUUUAGUGACUCCCACAAAUUAAGCCUCAAGCAACACACACACACACACACACACACACACACACACACACAUAUAGGGAUGCAGUAUGCUCCCUCCCACAUGCUAGGGUAGACCAGUAUAAAAAACACUUUAUACACACACUCACACACACACACACACACACACACACACACACUAGACCUGUGCUGGAAGAAAUGUGAGAUAUACAUUCUGUUAAAUAAAAACAGAAGAAACCAAUGAUUUCAAUUGAAGAGUGCAGUAAAACCUACUACUAACCUUGUUGUUGUUUCUGAAUGUAUAAGCUUCAGUGGAUGGCUUGCUUAAGGUACUUUCUGAUUAUGAAAUUUAAACUUGAGUACAUAGUAAACUGCUUUGUCUUCCAUUAUAUAAUUAAAAAUCAAUAGAGAGAUGUUUUGGCUUGCCUGUCACUUAGGAUGACUACUGAUGUUUCAAGUUAGUUUUAUUCUGAUUCUGUCCACUGUCUUGUGAUCUCUUGAGUAUAAAACUACAAUAAUAUCUGAAUAAACAUAUACAGUA